AUGUACAAACCUCCAGCGAAAGCACCGGUUUUACAGUUUAUUGGAGAAGAGCAAUGCUGUCAAUUUAUCAAUCAGGAGCUUGACAAAUAUGAGGGCAUAAGGGAGGAUCUUCUGCGGAAAUGUUGUAAAUCUUAUGAUCCGCAACAGUCUAUGGUGGUUAUCGAAAUACCGUCCUGCAUACACGCUGUAGCGUGUGCUGCAUUUGGUUACAUCACUGACACUUGGUUGCGCCAAUCGGAAACUCUCAUAUUAUCAACAGUUUCUGCAUCGGUCUGUGGAAAGAUGCGAGAUAACUGCGAGGGUCGCAUGAUAAGGCCGGACGGUUCAUUGAAGCUUCCACGGGAAGAACUCCCAUGUGGAAAAAGUUGGAAGUGGCCAAUUCUGGUUGUUGAGAUUAAGUUGUCAGAACCCAUAUCGCACCUGAUGGAGGAUAUCAUCUUUUGGGUAGAUGAGUCGGAUGGAGAUGUCAAAGUUAUGAUCACAGUUUCAAUCUCUAGGGGCUAUAAGAUAAAAAUCCAAAGAUGGAAUCUACAUCGCCGACCUAAUCGAGCCGAUCCAAUUCCAUUUCCCACCGGAAAAAUCGAAAUCACCAGGAGUCCCAACAAGAAAAGUCCGCACAAGAUAACUGAAAAUCUCACAAUUUCAUUUGAGGAUCUGUACCUCCGACCAAAAAAGCCCAAGUCGACUGAGUGUGACCUCACUUUUGCCCGGGAGAGUUUGGAGCAGAUGGCAGAGCAGAUCUGGAUCACUCAGGAACAAGCAUAG